CCUGUGGCGUGGGACAGAGACAGAGUAGAGGGUGUGGCUCCGAACUUCCACUUGACUGUCUUCAUGUCUACAAAACUCUGCUCUUCUUCUUCAACACGAAGACAUUCGGCGUGUCUCACGACUUCUGCUAAGCUUCCAGCCAUAUUCCUUGCAGAUGUGAGAUGCCCCCUAAGCUCUUCAGUCUGUGUCCAUUGUUCUUCUCUCUGCCACCAUGACGACCGGCCGCUGCUCGUUGUUGCCAGAAGUUUUGCCGAGCCAGCGUCUUUCGGCCGAUGUGAGGAGCCAGCCUGAGCUGGACUCUGAGCCCAUGUGUGGGUUUUCCCGUGAGCUGCCUCUCCCGGGUAAAACCGUGGGGGGGCGCAGCGUGUCUGCUGCCGAGCGGCCUGCUUAUUACACGCAGGUGUUGACCAAGGUGGACGGUCAGCAGAUGUCUCCAUGCCUGGACACAUACACCAAACAGUGUGCCGCACCAGAGGACACUGUGUGUCGGAUCUGUCAUGACAGUGGAGGCCAGGAGGAGCUGCUGUCCCCCUGUGAGUGCUCUGGGACCCUGGCCACCAUCCACCGCAGCUGUCUGGAACACUGGCUGUCUGCUUCAGGAACCAGCGUCUGCGAGCUCUGCCACUACCAGUUCACUGUGCACAGGAAGUCCAGGCCGCUGUUUGAGUGGAUGCAGAACCCGGGUCUUCGUCAGGAGAAGCACACCCUGUUUGGUGACAUGGUGUGUUUCCUGCUCAUCACCCCCCUGGCCACCAUCUCUGGCUGGCUCUGUCUCCGCGGCGCCAUAGAUCACCUUCACUUCUCCAGCCGACUGGAGGCCGUGGGGCUCAUCGCGCUAACUGUUGCCCUCUUCACCAUUUAUCUCUUCUGGACUCUGGUGUCUCUCAGGUACCACUAUCGACUAUACUGUAAGUGGCGUCAGUCCAAUCAGAGAGUAGUCCUCGUCCUCCCUGGGUCAUGCAGUGAAGCUUCAGUGGCAGAGUCCUUACCAGGCUUGCAGCGAGGGACGCAGCAGCCGUCCAAGGAAUCAAUAGUCUGAGCACAGAGUCGGCUCCAGACGACGGACGCUCCUCCUCAUCCUCAGGGGGAUGGACUCUGUUGAUCUUCCUCUCUCCAGCACUUUAUAAAGCACUGCUCUGAGAUGUUCUGUCAGAGCUCACGUCAGGAUGUGUGAAAGAUCUGCCUCACCUGGACACAAAUACACUGUCAGCGGAUAAAGCAGCAGCCGUGGCUCCUGAU